AUGUUGGGCGUCCUGGCCACGCACAGCCGCGAGAACCGCGCCGCCGUCGCGGCCGCGGGCGCCAUCCCGCCGCUGGUGGCCUGCCUUCGCGGCGCGGGCGGCAGCAAGGCGGAGGGCUCCUCGCACCCGCUGUGCUUGACGCCUGGCGAGCUGCCGGCGGACACUGCGCGGGAGGUCCCUGAGCGUGACCAGGUCGGUUCCGCCGGCGGCAUCGCCUCCGCGUACGGGUCAAUACUCGUGCCGGCACGCACUUUCAGGGCAGCGUGGCCAGCAGACGUGCUCGUCGCCACGGUCAGUGUUCUCGGCACCGCUGGGACAAGAGAGAUUGGCCUCGGCAGGUACUUUGGGUCGCUCUGA